AUCCUCGUUCCUCAAUGUGCGAGUGCUUAAAGUGGGCGGAGACUUGGCAAAGUUGGCGGUGACGUCAUUGAGAAGGUUCCGAACACUUCCGUGACAAGUGGACGCCAAUUAGUAGGAAAACCGCCUUGUUUGUGAGCAGGAACAUUUGGAUGCGGCUUACACAUCAUUUCACAUCACAUUGCUCGAUCCCAAAAAGCAAAUGGAGUGGCGCCAACAAAGCACUUUCAGCUGUGCAGAUGCCUUCAAUGAAGCUCGGCGCUGGAUAGAGGAGGUGACUGGGAAACCUUUUGGCAGCAGCGAUUUCCGUGCCGCGCUGGAGAACGGGGUCCUGCUUUGCGACCUGAUCAACCAGUUAAAACCUGGCAUCAUUAAGAAGCUCAAUCGACUUUCUACUCCCAUUGCUGGCCUGGAUAACGUCAACGCGUUUCUUAAAGCUUGUGAGAAGUUGGGACUGAACGAGUCGCAGCUUUUCCACCCAGGAGACCUGCAGGACCUGUCAACUCGAGCAACACUUAGGAGAAAUGACAGCACUCGAAGACUCAAAAAUGUUCUGAUCACAGUCUACUGGUUGGGUCGUAAGUCCCACCUAGAUGAGUUCUACAGCGGUCCUCAGCUCAACUUCAAGGCCUUUGAAGGACUGUUAGGAUUGGCUCUGUCCAAGGCCCUAGAUGAGGGCGCUAAUGUUUUUGUGAAAGAUGGCGUCUCCAGAGAGUGCUGUCAUCCAGGCAGGAGGCCAACCUAUAAGCAGGAGAGUUCAGUGGACAGCGUCGACUCUGCGGAAUCCCCAGGACUCCGUGCAAACAGUGAAGGCUGCGGGAGCGAUGCAGAGGCUGAGCAGGUAUUUAGGAUGGAGACCACACAGCAGUCGACCAAAGGCCAUAUCCCACCUCCAGUCCUGCGGAGGAAACGAAGAGAGGAAAGUGGGAAAGUCUGCUCGACUUCAUUUAUCAGGAGCAAAUCAUUGAGUGAUAUCCCGAUGGUGUAUCCGACACGUAAAGUUUCAGAAGGCAACAACGUUGUGGACGAGCGUCAGGACUUUGGCACAGCCGAAUGGACUCAAGACAAGGAAUCGAAGAGCCACAUUGCUGCCAGAGAGAGUGAGGCUCACUGGCAAGAUGACUUGACAAAGUGGAAGAACCGUCGCAGGAGCACAAAGUCCGAUCUCCGCAGGAAGUCGCUUGACCGAGAACACGUCAUAAACAAGAUGACCAAUGGGGCUGUGAAAGACCACGGCGAGAAGGGAAACCACGGGCAGCUGCAAAGGGACCAGCUGUCAGCACAGAGGCACAGCCCUGCCCCGCGCUCUCACUCCGGUUCUCCUCCAUCAAAGUGCUCAAGCUCUUUUUUUCCGCCGCAUACUCGCGCUCCGCUGGCUCGCAGCUACGCCACCGAGGUGCCUCUUAGCACCAACUCUUCUCAUAGCCACCAGAACUUUUCCCCCACACAGGCAUCCUCGGUUGGCACCAUGCCCGACUCUGAUGGAAACAUCUUGGGGGAAGACACCCAUUUUUCAUCUGUGCCAUUAAAUGGAACAACAGUACCCACUCCCACUCAAGACCAGCCUUUUAGCUCCCAAACCCAGAACCAAGCCAACAAAACCCCCGCUUCCUUCCAACAUACAACAGACAUGACGGUUACAGCCCCAAUGUCUUCUUUAAUCACAACGCUUCCAAACCAGAUGGACUCGGCUCCAGCCCUUGAUUUAUCGGGCUCUUUCGGAGACGUCUUUGACCAGAAGUGUAACAGGUCUGAAAAAGAGAGCCAUGAUAUCCAUUCGGGAACCACAGAAGAUGAAAGUACAUGCCAUCCAGCUGUGGGGAGCAGGAAGUAUUUGUCAAGAGCUGCUUCUUGGUCGUGCUCGGCCAGUCUUCCACGCGGUUUCAGGCGAUCUGAGGGAUCGCGUCGCCUCUCGUAUGUCAUCACUCCCAGACCCUUUGGGAUCAACCAGUCCAGGAUGUCCAUGUUGCCAAGACUAUCUGAUGAGAUCAGUCCACUGGACAGUCAGAGUCCAGUCUUGACUCGUGAAAGCGAGGCAUGUGUUCCCCUCGCCGCCAGCUCUUUGCUUAAAAGACAGACCGCCACUGCUUGUCUAAAAACUUGGCAGCAGAAUCUGAUGCAGGCAGCCAACCAUGUCGAGAAGACCGCUUUAGCCAAGGAGGAGUGGGAUAGUCUCCCUGACCAGACUAAUGGUGUUCAGCAUCAGUCCCAGAUAUAUUUGAACAUGCAGCCCCAACGCAGCCAGGCCACAGCUCUUCCUUGCCAUGCCAGAGUCAACAUGCUAAAGGUGGACUGUGGUCACUUGAGAGUAAGUCUCGCUCUGAACUCCGACAGUCGACAAGACUUGGGUUUCCAGCCUCGUUGGGAUGCUACUGGAGCAAGAAUAAAAUACAUUCAGCCAGGCGGCCCGGCGGAGCUCUGCCAGCUGCGUGUAGACGAUGAGAUCCUGACUGUUGAUGGAGUUGCAGCAGCACACAUGGGCUCCAGUCUGUGGGAGGAAAAGAUGGCAUCUGCCUUGCAGACCGGCGCUCUCACCAUGGAUGUUUGUCGCUGUGUAAAUAAGGGUAAGCAACUGGGUGGAAUGAAGACGUGUUUGUUCCUUUUAAAGCAGUGUUUUUCAACCUUUUUUGAGCCAAGGCACAUUUUUUGCGUUGACAAAAUGCGGAGGCACACCACCAGCAGAAAUCAUAAAUUAUUUGGUUCUGCAAAGCGAUUGUUGCAGCUGCUGUCAGGUUGGCUGGUCUCAGACCAUACGGGAGGUGAAGAUGCUGUUUGGGAAGGUCCAUGGGCUGGAGGUCCAGAAUCUGCAAUCUCUGAUCUCCAGGUGCCGGCCAUCAGCCCCUCCUCAUCCGGCAGGUCGUGGGACCGUGACGACCACCGCAGGCGGCAGGAGAAGUGGCAGGAAGAGCAGGAGCGCCUCCUACAGGAGCAGUAUGAGCGAGAUCAGCGGAGGCUGGAUGCUGAGUGGCAGCAGGCUCGACGUGCUGCGUUGGAAGGGGAGAAUAACUUUGAGAUGAUCAAAGAUGCCGAGACCCCUAUCAGGAGGAUCCAUGUGAAGAGUUUGACCAACACGGGAGAGACGAGUCCUGGCGAGCUCGAGCUAAACGCUCACAGUCGCACGCACAAAGAUCCGAAUGAAAAGAUGGAUGGAGACUGGGCGGACGGCUCCUCGGGCUUUGCUCACCUUUCCCCCGCACACAGGACAAAGUCCUUGUCUACUCCAACAUUAGCUGGUGCACAAAAACAGCAAAGAGGUGAUCCAGGAAAAAGGAAAGGGGAGCCCGCUUCCAAAGCCGCACACGAGCGGCAGCAGAUCUUGGAGGAGAUGAAGAAGAGGACUCAGCUUCUGACCGACAACAGUUGGAUACGUCAGCGCAGCAGCAGUUUUUACAAGGAGCCCAUUUACAUCGGGGUGCCUCUCAAGAGGCAUGACUCUGUGGACGUCCUUGAAACAUCCCACUCCUCCUCCAUGGCGGGUCACGCUCGGCCACACUCGGCUGCUGCCAGUUAUUGUGGUCCCAUGAAGAACUCCCACGCCAGUACCGGAUCCGUGUCGUCCCACGGAACUACACCCACGGACCUGCGUCCUGGCAGGAGAAGCUGCUGCGUGUGUGAAGGUGUCCUGACUCGCGGCGCCGCCAUGGUCAUUGAGGCCCUUAGUCUCUGCUUCCAUUUUGCUUGUUUCCAGUGUGUGGGCUGCCAACAGUAUCUUGGAAAAAUCCAGAAAGGAGUCCAGGUCCGUGUUCGAGACAAGAAGCCGUACUGUGAGACCUGCUAUUUCAAGCUUAAGUCCAGCAGUUCCACAUCGGUGUGAGCAGGACAAGACCAGUAAGGUAAUGAACGGACCCUGAGAACUGGAGCAACACACUUUGUGCAAAGUUACUGACAUUCAAUUUUAUCUAUUUGGAUUUAAUACACAGAAUAAAGAAAUACGUCCUUUUA